CUGUGGAACUGCCUGCCUUUGUUCAGCAGCGCUGCUGUGCCUCGCUGCAGCUCCCAGCCCCUCCUGCCCAAUGUCCCAUGUUUCCUGCAGGUACUGCUAUAUGGAUGUAUUUCUGUGCUUUGCUCAUGUGCUCCCAGUCACUCGCACUGACCUUCCCCAGCUUUGGGUCAGGGCUCAGCUCCCUGCACUGUGACUGCACUAUCCCAGUCUGUCUGCCAGCAUGUGGGGCAGACAGUAAAUGACUCAGGUAACCUUCAGCAAACCUCAGUGGGCUGGGGAGGCAAACAGGGAAACGAGGACUGUGCCCGGUGGGAGGGAGCAGGCUCAAGUUGCCCGGGUGCUGCCCCUUCCGGCGUGUACAGGGCUGCUGUAUUCACUGCAUGGUGAGGUGCUGCCAAAUGCCUCAUGGGGUUUGCUUUGGGUAUUUGCAUUUCCUGUUGUAACGUGAAUGGCUCUACAGUUUGGCUUGGGCUUGUUUCCUCCCAAAAUGUGUCAUCCUACUGGCCUCUUGUUUGGGGAGGUGUUUUCUGGCAGCCACUGCUUUGGCCAUAGUAGAACUAUUCUGGUAUUACAGCUUGCUUGUGUCCACAAAAGCACUUGUUUUUAAGGGAGGGGAGGAAGUACAUGUGUGGAUGUCUUUAAUCUGUCCAGAGUGUGAGAAUGAGCCUUAGAAUUUUUCUGUUAUCUGCUGCUGAGCAAACAGAGAACUCCCAUGCUCAGGUUGAGCUCCUGAGGCCAUCCCAUGUGCAGCGUGCUCAGGGCUCUGCUCUUCCUCCAGGGCGGAGGUGAUGGUGAUGAUGAUGGGUACUGGCAGCUGCUCCUGGGUGGGGAUCCUGACGCUGGCUGCAUUCCCUUGGCCGAGGCUCUGGCUCACCUCCUGCGGGCCCUGAAAGGUCUCAUUCAGGCCCAUCGUUACUUGCAGAGCCCUGAAUGAAAGUGGCCGUACGUGUGCCAAGUGUGUGAUGUGUCUCAGCACAGCAGCAACCUUAAUUCAUCAAGCACGGCCGUGAGAGGAUAGAACAAACCAUCAAGGCGUCCGGCUCCAGGCUCUGCUCGUAUGCUGAACGAGUUGCUAUUUUAAUGGAUCGUUCCCGGACCCCAGACAGCAGUGCCCAGCCUACAACACCAACUGACAACAUCAACCUUGGACCUUCUGCUAACCCAAAUGCCAAGCCAACAGACUUUGACUUCCUGAAGGUUAUUGGCAAAGGAAGCUUUGGAAAAGUUCUCCUGGCCAAACGCAAGUGUGAUGGGACUUUUUAUGCUGUGAAAGUCUUGCAUAAGAAAACCAUCCUAAAGAAAAAGGAGCAAAACCACAUCAUGGCAGAACGCAACGUGCUUCUGAAAAAUGUCAAGCACCCCUUCCUUGUGGGCCUCCACUACUCCUUCCAGACCUCGGAGAAGCUUUACUUUGUGCUUGAUUAUGUAAAUGGAGGAGAGCUCUUCUUCCACUUGCAAAGAGAGCGUUGUUUCCGUGAGCCCCGUGCAAGAUUCUAUGCUGCAGAGGUUGCUAGUGCAAUUGGUUACCUGCAUUCCUUAAACAUCAUCUAUAGGGAUUUAAAACCUGAGAACAUCCUCCUGGAUUGCCAGGGACAUGUGGUGUUGACAGAUUUUGGACUCUGCAAGGAAGGAAUGGAGGAAGAAGAGACUACCUCUACGUUCUGCGGCACUCCUGAGUACUUAGCUCCUGAGGUGCUAAAGAAGCAGCCGUAUGACAGGACAGUAGACUGGUGGUGCCUUGGAGCUGUCCUCUAUGAGAUGCUUUUUGGACUGCCUCCCUUUUAUAGCCGGGAUGUGUCUCAAAUGUAUGACAACAUUCUCCACAAGCAACUCCAGAUCCAAGGAAGCAAGACUGUGGCAGCCUGUGAUAUCCUCCAUGGACUUCUCCACAAGGACCAGAAGAGGAGGCUGGGUGCCAAAACAGACUUUCUUGAGAUAAAGAACCACGUAUUCUUCAGCCCAAUAAACUGGGAUGACUUGUACCACAAGAGGAUUACCCCUCCGUUCAACCCUAAUGUGGCUGGCCCAGCUGAUCUGCGGCACUUCGACCCAGAGUUCACCCAGGAAGCGAUCUCUGCCUCCAUCACCCACACACCUGACUUAGCAGCCAGCAGCUCCAGUGCCUCAGAUGCUUUUUUAGGAUUUUCUUAUGCACCAACUGAAGAGGACUUCUAGAUUUUAUAAAGGCUUUGCGAAGCCAGGUUUUAACUGAA